CCCAGCAGCGCGUCAACACAUUGUUUCCGAGGAUCCAAGAGAAAAAGUCCAUUGUUGUUGCGAAGUUUCUAAUCUGGGGAUUUAAAGCACAUCACAUGCUCAGACUGAGCAGCGGGGCGCUCUACCACAACAGCAAACUACUGCAAAAAUCCAUGCUGCAGAGGGAACCAUUCAUCCCGAAAGGACCGAGAAAUACUUUUUAUUCGCACUGAAAUGCCAGCGCACUUUUGGGGAGUUUAGGACGCCGGAGAAGUGUAUUUAAAGUAGUCCGAAACUUUAUUCUCUGGAAAAAGCGCCUGCAUUUGAGGAUAAAAGAUGACGCUCCAGUACGGCCAGCGGUCCCUCAUAGUUCUUUCUCUACUGGGGAUUUUAUCGGCCAUCAUGUCUGUUUUAUCGGUCAUUUUGAUUUUCCAGCUUCAGUCUCAACAGGCGGCAGUGACGGAGUCUACCCCGUCCGCCUCCUGGUUGAUCCCUGCUCCUAUCUGGGCCGUCCUGCUGCCGGUGUCCACGGUGCUCUCCGCCCUGUCCCUCACCCUCCAUCUGAGCUCGGUGGUGGUGUGUCUCCUCCACAGCUACUUUUCAACAGAGGUCUGCAGAGGAGAGCAGGACACUGAGAGAGCAGACUGGUUCCUUUUGGAUAGCAGAGGUGUGCGACACGUGGCUAUCGGACUCUUCUGCCUGGGGGUUUCUGUCUACUUGGCAGCUAUGUCCAUCUUUAUGCUCCUCAUAUUUCAAGUGGAGACAGGCAUUGCGAGUGCUUGCGUUCUCUCAUCGGGGAUCCUAAUCCUGCUGGUCGUUGUGAUCCACUCUCUGGUGAAAGCUUCUCAGAGUGCCAAACACUAUCACAGCGACCACCUCGGCACCCUCUACCAGAACGACCACAGAAGCAACAUUGCACCCGUCUCCCGACCCUGCGAGCUUAAAAUUGGUGUGGAUAAACCGAGGAUGCAACGCAGUCAGUCUCACCUCCAGCAUCAGAUCGCCUACCCUCAAUGUGGCAACCCAAGGCAGCAACAGUACCAGCAGGAGCAUCAGUACUCCCCUGCUGGGGGCUCCCAGGGCCACGCUAGUGAUAAAGACGGCUACAGCAGCAGUAGCAAUUGUCCCCGAAUGCACAGGACCCUGUCUACUGAGUCAGGUCUACUUCAGGCCCAGGCUAAACCCUGGAAUGGGGUCAACAAUGAGAUGAGGAGUGUCCUUGCACGCAAGUCAGGGAUCACCGCAAAAGACUCUACUCUUGUUUGAAACAAAGGAAGCUGAGCUUGUGGUUAAAGACACUGAUGACCUUUAAGCAUCAAAAGGGGACUGCUAGCAAGAGUGUGAGUAACCCCUCGAUUCCACCGGGUCCGGCUGCGCCGCGGUUUUGGUCCGGCCUCCUCCGGCGUCAUACCCUACCGGUCGCGUUU